UACAGACCCAACCUGCAGCUUCACCAUGAGAGAAGGACUGAUCCUGGUUCUGCUGGCCAUGCUCGGUGUGUGUGACGGCGUGACCUUCGGUCAGCUCUGCAGUGGAAACCCCACCAACCGGAUCAGAGGAUCUGACAAAUGGGGGGUGGGGCACCAUGGAGCCAGACGGACAGGUCACACGCAUAACGGUGUGGAUAUCGUCUGUCAGGACGGGGCGACGGUUUACGCCCCGUUUGACCUCACCAUCGAGCGGCGGGCCAGACCGUACACCGACCCCAAGAAGGCCGCCAUCAACAACGGCAUCCUGGCCCGUGGGCAAGGUGUGUGUUUCAAGCUGUUCUACGUGGCCCCGGUGAAGGUGUCGGGCUCGGUGGCGGCGGGCCAGCGGCUUGGCGUGCUGCUCCCCAUGCAGCAAGUUUACCCAGGUAUCACCUCUCACCUGCACCUGGAGCUGUGCGACCAGUCGGACCCCACCCCCUACCUCUGAUCCCAGGGCGGCUGAGGGUCUGUGCUCCACCCUCAGGCUGACCUCAGGCUGUUGUAUUGCACUCUAAACCAAAUUUCCCCUUGAGGGACAAUAAAGACCUGAACUGACCUCAGAGCAGCUCCUGUGUUCUUCCUCUGGAUUCUGGUUUUAAUGUUUUGUUCUGUCACUGCUCUGAACAGCUGCUGCUUUACUCACUCAAACAGGUUAUAGAUAUCAUCAUCAUUAUGCCGCCCAUUGAUUAGAUGCGAGACUCCGGUUCUUUUUACAGAUGUUUAUUAUCUUGGCAGAUCUUCUUAAAAUCAUGUAAACACCGUAGAACUAAAAUAUAGACAGACAGACAUCAUAAAGAAAAUAAAUAAAGUCUCUUUCACAUCACAUAAUUUAAGAAAUAAAAUGUGACGACCAACAAACAAAAUAAAAUAAAACAUACCACUUUGCCUGCUUGCCAAUCAAUGAGGGGUUAAACUUCUUGGUCAAUGAUCUUCACAGCCUUUUAUAUUUCUUAGAAAUUCUUGCAAACUUAUUAUGUUUCCAACACAUGAAGAAAAGAAACAGCGCACAUGCUAGAGGCUCUUUGCUUGCCAGCAUCAUUCCUUUUCUCAAGUUCACUUCCGCGAUGACAAAAAGGAAACAGAAAACCAAAAACAGGAAGUUUCAAACAAACUAAGAAAAUAAAGCAUCACCUAGUGGUCAAUGUCUGCCA